AUGGCAGACGGCCAGAAGCCCCUUGCAGUGGUCGGCCUGGCAUGCCGUCUGCCCGGCGGCAAUUCCUCGCCUGCGAAACUGUGGGACUUUCUGGAAGAGGGCAAGGUUGCUUCCAAUGAGGUACCGCCCUCACGUUUCAACUUCGCAGGCCACUGGGAUGGCUCUCACAAACCAGGCACAAUGCGGCCCAAGGGCGGCAUGUUUCUCUCGGAGCAAGAUGUAGACCUGGCGGCCUUUGAUGCCUCCUUCUUUGAGGUCGCGGGCACCGAAGCUAUUGCGACAGAUCCCAACCAGCGUCAGAUGCUUGAGAUUGUGUAUGAAGGAUUGGAAAGCGCGGGUCUACCCAUGGAGAAAGUCAAUGGCACUUCUACUGCGUGUUUUGUUUCUUCCUUCGCCGAGCGCCCAAAUAUGACGGAUCUUGGUGUGGGACGGGCGAUUUUGGCCAAUCGUAUAAGUUGGUUUUUCAAUCUCAAGGGUCCCAGCGUUACAAUAGAUACAGCCUGCUCGGGAAGCCUGGUUGCCCUCGAUAUGGCGUGCCGGACCCUACGAUCAGGAGAAGUCGACACCGCCAUCGUUGCUACAAGUAACUUGUAUCUCAGUCCCGAGCACGUUAUCGACAGCGGAUUUGUUGGAGAGGCACAUUCCCCUACAGGCCUAUGCCACACCUUCGACGCAGCUGCCGAUGGUUACGUUAAAGCCGAGGCGGUGAGCUGCUUGAUUGUAAAAAGAUUGGAGACAGCACUACGAGACCGUGAUCCAAUCAGGGCAGUCAUACGAGGCGUAGCCGUCAACAGCAAUGGCCGAACGAAUGGGAUCGGGAGUCCGAGCUCAGACGCUCAGGCUGCAGCGAUUCGCAAAGCAUACGCAAACGCCGGGAUUUCAGAUCUCAACGACACGCAGUAUUUAGAAUGUCACGGGACGGGGACACAGCGAGGCGAUGCCGAGGAAGUCGCCGGCAUUGGAGACACUUUUGCCCCUACGAGGGACACCGUCAAGCCCCUCCUCAUCGGAUCGAUUAAAGCAAAUGUAGGCCACGCCGAGCCAGCGGCUGGAUUGUCGGGUCUGAUCAAGACCAUCCUGUCUCUCGAGCAUGGAAUGAUUCCGGGGUCGCCAUUAUUUGUCAACCCCAACCCCAGGAUCGACUUCUCUGGGUCAAAAGUGAGACCCUUUCGCCACAUGCUGCCGUGGCCUGACACCAACGGCAAGCCAAAACGCGCCAGCGUGAAUUCCUUUGGCUACGGCGAUGCUACGAAACAAGGGGAGCCGCCUCAUGUUGCAUCGAUCCGUCCCGUAGACGAAGUCACCCAAUGGGUUCCUGCCGAGGCAAACUGUCAUGCCAGAAGUGCUAGCACUUCUGUCAAGAGACCAUAUACACUUGUCGUCUCGGCAAACGACGCGGUCUCUCUCAAAGACAAUAUCGCUGCCCUGUGCACCCACUUGGCCAACCCUCGCGUCAGGCUAUCCCUCCGCGAUUUGGCGUACACCCUGGCGCAACGCCGGUCUCACCUCUGGCACCGUGCCUUCGUCAGCGUGAGAAGCAACGACGGAGAUGGCAGCGGGAGCAGCGAGGAGUUCGAAUGUCGAGUCGCGGACUUCUCUACAGCCAAAAAACCUCCCCGACCUCCCCGUGUAGGCUUCGUCUUUACCGGGCAAGGCGCCCAGUGGCCACAGAUGGGACGCGACCUGUUGCGUGUAUUCCCGGCAACUACGAGGGCCGUUCUUCAAGAGCUCGACGACGUCCUACAAGGAAUGACAGCAUGCAAGCCCCCGCGCUGGUCGCUUCUAGAGAAAUUGACGGAGCCUUUUGACGCUGACAGUAUCCGCCAGCCUGAGUUCUCACAGCCUCUUGUGACGGCGCUACAGCUGUGUCUCCUGGCGGUUCUCGAGAAAUGGGGUAUUGCACCCUGCAGUGUUGUAGGACACUCGUCUGGAGAGAUUGCUGCGGCUCACGCUGCGGGACUUCUGAGUCGUGCAGAUGCAAUCAAGGCUGCUUUCUUUCGUGGGCGGGCGAUUGUCGCGGCCUCUGAGAAAGGAGAUAUGCCGAAACUCGGCAUGUUGGCUGUUGGCCUGGGCCGGAAUGCCGUCACCCCGUUUUUAGAAGCCCAAGGUGGUCACACUUCCAUCGCCUGCUUCAAUAGUCCAGACAGUGUGACAAUCUCGGGGCCAGUGGACGAUUUAGAAGUCUUGGAAAAAGACAUCAAAGGUGCCGGUCAUUUCGCCAGGAUAUUAAAGGUGGAUAUGGCAUAUCAUUCACCGUAUAUGGACCUCAUUAGUUCACAGUACGAGGAUCUCUUAACUCGGGAUGGCUUCCACGCGCGGAAUCGCAACAACAGUCGCUGCCCUGAUGUUUCAAUGUUUUCUUCGGUCACGGCUUCAAUGAUUGGCUCAAAGACGCCGCCAGACAUCCAAUAUUGGAAACUCAAUCUAUUGUCGCCUGUCCGAUUCGAUGAGGCCGUUCAAGAAAUGCUCUCGCAGCCUGACAACAAGUCGCCCGAUAUUCUCGUCGAGAUCGGUCCGUCUGGCGCCCUGGCUGGCCCGAUAUCUCAGAUUUGCAAAUUACUUUCCAGCGAUGUCUCCUAUCACCCCGCAUGGUCGCGCGGUGCCGAGCCCAUCAAGACCCUUUUUGACGUAGCUGGGUGGCUCUUCAUCACUGGUGUGCCUGUUGACCUCAGCGCGGUCAACGCGAGUGAUUCCGAAGUCGAGGAAGACACGCGAGCACCGCGGUGUAUUGUCGACUUGCCGGGCUACCGCUGGAACCACUCUGCAAAGUACUGGUACGAGAGCGCAGCAAGCAAGGACUGGCGGUUUCGACGGUUCGUGACGCACGAUCUACUCGGUAGCAAGAUUCUGGGCACGCCGUGGACGAGCCCUUGCUGGCAUAAGCGUCUUGAAUUAAAUGAUGUCCCAUGGUUGCGUCAUCACAAGAUGGACGGCGACGUGCUGAUGCCAGCAACGGCUUUCUGUGCUAUGGCUCUCGAGGCUAUGUACCAAAAGCAUUCUACGCUCGAGUUGGAUGAGUCUUUGACUCAGAAGCAGCAACUUAAUCUAGGUGUCAAUGACUUUGGCUAUGGCCUCCGGAAUGUACGAUUCACCCGAGCCUUGGUGCUUGAAGAGUCUGGACCCACCGACAUAUAUGUCACGCUUACGAGACUUCCGCGUAGUAGCGAGGACUCUGGCUGGCAUGAGUUCCGAAUCUCAACGUCGAGAGGCAACGUCAACGUGGACCAUUGCAACGGGUUGAUUCGUGUUCAAGAUACGAUCGAAGAGCGACUGGCAGAGGACGACGAGAGGCGGCAACCCCUGCGAUUCCCUCAGACCUUCUCGAAAUGGUACAAGACACAACGGGAGGUAGGUAUGGACUUUGGCACAUCUUUUCAGAAGGUCAAGCAGCUUGAAGCCGUAUCCGGGGAACGCUCUUGUCGAGCCCUUGUCGAUCUGACUCCAUCGCCCUCAAAAUGGAAUCCCCAAUCAAAAUACACCCUCCACCCGGCAACUUGGGAUGCCUGCCUACAUACCUUGAUGGCACCGAAUGCAUGCAACGAGCGCAGUUUGGUCAGGGAGAGCCAGGUGCCAGGAAUAGCCGACGAGUGCUUUAUCAAUCCUAUUCCUCGCGGGCUGUCCCAAGGCCUUGUUCUUUCGCGAUCUGACUACUCAGGACGGGGUCGGCUAGAUCAGGCCAAGGGCCUGCUUGGAAACGUUUCUGUGUAUGACGCCGAAAGCGGUAAAGCGCUGAUGGGCCUCAAGAAUCUCCACUACGCAACUUUGGACGCACCUCCCAAGCCUGAUCUGCACGUGUUCGACGCAACAGAUCUCAAGCCGGGCGGGCUCCAAGCUGUUAUCGACUUGAUCGCGCACAAGAAGCCACAACUAAAGGUGCUCGAGCUCAUCGUCGACGACACCAGCGAUGAUAAUGUAUCGAGUGUCUGGCUUGUGGAGAGUGUGACGGCAGCGCGGGAUGGGUGUAUCCAAUACAACCUUGCCUGCUCGAACGCGGACAAACUAGUCACAUUGAAGAGGAAGCACCAAGACGCGGGGCGGAGUGCGAAUUACUACCUGGCAAACCUCAACGACCAACAGCUGGGUCUUGCUACUACCACUCCACCAGGAUAUGAUCUGAUCAUAUUGCGAGUUCCCAAAGACCACGAAGGCUUUAAGUUACAGAUCGUGUUGGAAAGGCUGGAGCUAUUGUCGUCUGAAGACGGACUCGCUCUUGUCGUUCCAGCCGGAACGGCCGUCGAGAUUGGUACUUGGCCGUCCACGUCUUCUGUCACUUCAAGUUCUUCCGAGUUAGCAAAAGAUCCCAAUGUGUCUUCAAAUAAAAGCUCGGAACUCAACUCAGAAACCACCAAGACAUCACUAUCUCACAGCAGACAGCCUGCGAACCCCAACAUCAUUCCGCCAGGUAACAGGAGUGACGUGUCGAAGCCAUGCAUCGUCCCCAGCGACAUCAAAAAUUUCCACCACCUGUUGACAAUCGAGGAUGAAUUGGGCAUCCACUACCUUAUUAAGAUGCAUGGACGUCGGAAUGGCGGGACUGCUUCAAUGAAGAGCACAGCGCACAUGAGUGACAAGUCCCAGCACUUGAAUGUUAUCAUUCCUCAACUUCCUUCGCCCUCCCAGUGCCCAGAAGCCCAGGAACAGUUACUGAGCCAAGUUUCCAGCACUUUCGAAGACAUCGCGCAGUCUCUCGGGGCUUCCCAGAAGAAGUUGACAUGCACCUUGAUUCCGGUUUCGGAUGCCAAUGCCACCACCUCACGUCCGGCGCCGAACACGAUUGUCAUGGUCCUUGACGAGCUUUUCACUUCCGUUCUAGCUGCGCCGUCUCCAACCCAGUGGUCUGCGUUGCAGGCUCUUCUUGCAAGCGGCUGCAGCGUCCUUUGGCUUACGGCCGGUGCCGCUAGUGAACAUCCGGAGCGCGCCAUGGCGCACGGCCUGCUACGGGUCGUACGACGCGAGUUCUCUAUCCAAGACCAGGCGAGUCGUGUCAUCCUUGAUGUCGACCCGAAGCAUAUCUCGUCAUGCAAUGAGCCAUCCCUGGCGCUCGCUCGUGCCAUAUCAAAGGUGCUGUGGCUCAUGCAAGGGGGGCGCCACCUCGUCGAGCCGGAGUACCGUCUUGAAAAGAAUGGGAUUUUGUCAAUUCCGCGUCUGGUCCCUGAUACGCCAGUCAAAGAAUUCCGCAGCAUGGGUGGCUCACCGACAGCGGCUAUGGCCGGGCUUUGGGGUACGAAGGGGACGGUGCGUCUGCGCGGCGACAGGGUUGGAACACUGAACCUCACUUGGUGCGAGUGUGAGGAAGAGCCGCUUCUAGAGAAUUAUGUCGAGGUGCAAGUCGAGGCCGUAGGUGUCAAUUUUAAAGAUGUGGCGUGCUUGAUGGGAAUAAUACCCGAAGACGAGCAUAUGAUCGGGUGCGAAUGUGCAGGUGUGGUUCGGCGGCUCGGUCCUGGCGUAUCGAAAUUUCGCACGGGUGACCGCGUUGUCGUUCAAGGCCAGGGCAACUACGCCAACCGUGUUCAGUCAAUUGCCCACUGUGUGCAAGUCAUACCGUCAUGGAUGAGCUUUGAAGAUGCCGCCACAAUCCCCCUCGUGUAUACAACAGCCCUCAAGUCUCUGUUUCACCUGGGCAAUCUCCAGGAGCACCAGACAGUAUUGAUCCAUUCUGCUGCCGGCGGCGUGGGACUCGCUGCCAUCCAACUUGCACAGUACAAGAAGGCCGAUAUCUUCGUAACUGUCGACUCUUCUUUCGCACGGGGUAUCAUGGCAAUGACUCAAGGCCGAGGUAUAGAUGUUGUCCUGAAUUCCCUGACGGGCGACCUGCUGGAUGCUUCCUGGCGAAUUGUGGCCGAUGGUGGCACUAUGAUCGAAAUCGGUAAAAGAGACAUCUAUGAGCGAAACGCGCUGUCUAUGGAGCCAUUCAGUCGAAACUGCUCUUUCCGGGCGCUGGAUCUCUCCUUCGGCAAAACCUUGAAGAUGGCUGAAAUGACUGGUGAGCUCUUGAAGGAGGUCUUUGAGCUCAUUGAAGCAGGCCAUGUUGGUCCAAUCCGGCCUGUCACAACGUACGGCUUUGAGGACGUUCCGGCGGCGUUGUCCUUCAUGCGCAGUGGCCAACACGUUGGCAAAAUUGUGGUUGCCAAGGGAGCAGAGGAUGUGCAAGUGCCCAUCAAGACUCUACCGAGGAACCUGAAUCUUCGACAAGAUGUCUCAUAUCUUAUUGUUGGAGGCCUCAAGGGGCUCUGCGGUAGUCUUGCCGUCCAUAUGGCCAGACAUGGAGCGCGCCACAUUAUCGUAUGCAGUAGGAGCGGUAUUGAUGACGAGAUGUCACAGAGAAUUGUUCGUGACUGUCGAUCAUAUAUGUGCGAAGUCAGCGGACAAAAGGGUGACGUUUGCGAGGUGGCUUUCGUCCGUCGCGUGUUCGAGUCUGCGCACCCGAGGCCGAUUAUGGGAAUUAUUCAGGGCGCCAUGGUUCUGAAGGACAAGCCCUUCGAGGACAUAAAGAUUGAAGACUAUCAGCUUGCCAUUGCCGCCAAAGUUACAGGCACGUGGAACCUACAUCAAGCCUCUCUCGAAGAUUCAAGCUUGUCGUCACAGCCUUUAGAAUUCUUCACCCUUCUUUCGAGCAUCUCGGGUGUUGUGGGAAACAAGGGUCAAGCUACAUACGCUGCAGCAAACGCCUUUUUGGACGCAUUCUCUGCCUAUCGUCGGUCUCUCGGCCUUCCUGCGCAUAGUCUUGACCUUGGCGCAAUUGACGACGUCGGGUACAUUGCCGAGCAGGAAGCCAUUGCGCUUGCCAACGGGACCGGCCCCAAUGGCAGUUCUGCGCCCUUACUUGCUGACCGCUUCCGUCGGGACAACCAGUGGACGCCGUUAAAUGAGCAGACGCUGCGUUCAACCUUAACCAUAUCGAUUCUGCAACAACAAGCUCGACCACUCAGUGACAGCCCACAGCUCGUGACCGGCAUCGCGCAUCCUCUCACUGGCGACGAACUGCUAGAAGACGCUCGAUUCAGCUAUUUGUACGGCGGGGCGGGCACCAGAAUGGACGGCAAUGCCCAGAAUUUUGGAAAGGGAGGCACUCUGGAUGCUCCAAGUGCCGCCGUGCAAGCUUUCUCACUUCUCAAGGCUUCAGGAAUUUUGGCGGCGGGCACGAAGGCCUUGGAGAAGGCAGCUUUAACAGCGCUUGCUGCACAAACGGUAAAGGUACUGCGUGUAGAAACCGAGGUCGAAGUCGGCAAGCCACUGGCUUCAUAUGGACUAGACUCGCUCUCGGCGGUAGAACUCAGGGGUUUCAUUCGAAGCCGUCUCGGCGCUGAGCUGAGCACGCUGGACAUCACCAGAGCAGGUUCUUUGGUCGAGCUGGCCGAGAAAGUGGUUUCGAAAUUGAAUGGAACGAAAUAA